AUGCCUGCAAAUUGGUUGUCAAUCAAGCCACUCUUUGGGAUCUCACUUGGCGUCGGACUUGGUAUUGUAGGCUUGAGUUUCUUAUUAAGAGAAAAGCCUAAGCACACUCACGAGACUUCUGUAUCAAAGACACUGCUACUUUCAAUACUAAAAGAAUUGAAUAGAGAAAUGACAGCAUUAGCCAUCUCCCUAGCUACUACGGCCGCCCAGAUUCGAGAAGUAUUAAGUUCAAAUUAUUCAGAAAAAAUAAUCACUGAAAUGAUAGAGAAAAGCAGUAAGUUAUAAUCAGCUUCUUUUUCUAAGCAAGUGGAGUCUAUUGAAAAAUAUGUAUUCCUUAAUAAUUUUAUAUAUAAAUUUUUUUUUUUUGUAGUGAUAUUUAGGUGGAUCAGUCAAAUAGAGUAUAUGAAAGAUUCAACACGAAUAAAAAGGUUGUAGAAAAAGCUUAUAAAAAAGAUUUUUAUAAUGACUCGUAAUUUUUAUGCAGCGAUGUCCAAGAUAUUUGCAUGAAAACCAAAAUUAUGAUCGAUGAUGCUUUUAAAGGAAUUAUUCCUAUAAUUGGGAAUCCAUUACCGGAUUUUGUAACAUCUGAAUUUGUGUUGAGUAUCAUGAGGGAAAUUUACAAUAAAACUACGAAAACAACACUGACACUUAUAAAAGAAGCCAAAGUAAAAGGAUUUUCUGUUAAUUUUAGCAAUAAAAGCUUCGUUGAAGUGACUCAAGAAAUCGAGAUUAGGACUGAGCUAGAUAAAAGAGAAAUUUUUGAAAAAUAUAGAUUGUUUAACUAUGAAGAUUCCCCAAGCUGUAUUAUCCACAAUGCUAUUAAAAAAUAUUCAAGGAAAUCAAAAGAAUUUAGGAGAGAACUAACUCCCCCCCUCCGUGAGUCAACAAAAACAUUAGAAAAAUACCUAUUUUUUGCCCAAAAACCCACCCUCCGUGAGUGAACAAAAAAUUUUUAAAUAGAAAAAUUUUUUAUGGAAAAAAUUUUGAUAUAUAAGUAAUAAUUUAGUAUAAUGAAAUCUAGAGCUAAUUCUGUUUAAUUUUAAACAAAUUGCUUCUUAAAACAUAAAUUUUAUAAAUUAAAUUAAUAUUUGCUUUCCAAUUUUUGCAAAUUAGGAUUUUUUUAAAUUUCGAAAAACAAAAAAAUUAACCCCCCUCCGUGAGUGAACAAAGUUUUUUGUUCACUCACGGAGGGGGGGAGUAAGUAAGAUUGAAAAUGCUUAUCAUAGCGUUAUCCAACAAAUAAUGCAUGACCAAGUUUCUAGGGAUGAAGAAAUGAGAAUUUUGAAUAGGUAA